UUGCUUUCAGUUUCCAAAGGAACUAUUGGACUCGCUUGUUUCUCCGCAGAGCAUUUGGAUGAACAGUUCUGGAUGAAGUAUAAUAACGUGAUAGACUUUUGCUUGUGUAUGUGAGUGAGCAUGGGUUCUGCCUGUUGUGUUGCUGCAAGGGACAAGACUCUACCUAACACAACCAGUCCUGAAACCUUACAACAUAGGAAUGUCAGAUAUUCACCCUCAUGGAGCUUUCGAUGGGAGAACCGGGGGCGUGUAGCGGGUGAAGUGGAGAAUCACAUAAAUCAGUUUUCUCGUGGAAGCAGUGGGAAUUUUUGCCUGGAGAUAAAGGAACAUAGGGAUGUGGAGAUGGGAGAUGUUUCUGAUGGAGGAAGUCCACUUGAGAAUUUUCGAACACCCACUCGGAAGAAAUUCCUUGUUCACGAAGGAGCCGCUGUGAAUCUUACGACUCCAGCUCCUGAUCCUUCCUUGGGAAACGAUUUGUCUACUAUGGUGAAAGAUUUAAGAGAAUCAUCUGCAGUCGCUGAUCCUUCAGUGUCAAAGGUUUCAUUUUCUGUGGCUUCAUCUUCCUGCUCAUCAACAUCCAAACCAGACCCUUUAUCAUCUCAGAGCCACACUCUGCCUACCGACUCAGGUCCAUCUACGCAGGCCAACCGUUCACCUGGACACCAACAUGUGAGGCAGGUCUCCCAAAACCGAGUACCUGAAUUGAAGUCACCAAACAACUCAGUGUCUGAAGGAAGACAUUCAUUUGUGCUUUCUAUGUGCAGCAAUGACCCUACAAUGGGCUCCCAAGGAGGGUCCUCGGAUGGUUGGUCCAUGCAAGCCUUCUCUGAGCUUGUGGCUUCUUCUCAAAGAGAAAGGUGGUCGUUUGACUGUGAGAGCUUAGGCUCCAGCCGCGGCAAGUUAACCAGAUGCAAUAGUCGGCUGUCAAUGUCUCCAUCUGUAGAUAUGCAAACAUGUGGAGUAUGCUCAAAGCUUGUAAUAGAGAGAACUAUAUGGAGCAACCAGAAAAUAAUUGCUACUAGUGAGCUCGCUGUGGUUGCUGUUCUUGUCUGUGGCCAUGUGUUCCAUGCGGAUUGCUUGGAGCAUUUGACACCUGAAAAAGAUAGAUAUGACCCUGCAUGCCCGUUGUGCAUAGCUGGAGAGAAACAGGUUUCUAAGAUGUUCAGGAAAGCAUCCAGAAUGGAAGCAGAUUUGAGGGCAAAGAACAAUAGAAUAUCCAGAAACCAGGUUGUGGAUAGUGAUUUGGAUGACGAUUCUAUUGUACCCAACAACCAGAAAGGUAGUGGACGGCACGGAAAAGUUCUAAAGUUGGGGCCUAGCUCCAGCCUUAGGAAUUCUUUUGGGAAGCCUUUCUUGAGGCGUCACUUCUCACUUGGGUCGAACAGGAGCAGAUCCAUUUCAGAGAAUGAUUCUCCGAGAAGGAAGGGGUUCUGGGCAAGACACCGAAAGGAGUGAGGUCCCCCACUGGUAAGAGGUGAGCAGCUCCAUCUCUCAAAUAUUUGGUUCCUUUUGUCAUCUCUAAUGGUGCUGGAAUACCCUUUUCCCUUCUCAAUGCUCCUAAUAAAUACGGUGUUCUUCAUUGCUUAAAUGUAAUUUCAUUUCUUGGGGGAACACUUGGAGCUUCUGUUUCAUGCGGAGAUGCAAGUAAACCAAAACAAUCACUACCAUUCUCAUAUCUUGCUUGAAUUUUGUUCCAUAUCUUCAAAUCACUGUAUGA